ACGGCACAGGACAUGUUUUAGUAGAAAUCGACAUCUGAAUGAUCAUGCACUCUUUAGCUAAAUAUUGGAACUGAAAGUUUGAAAAUGUAACAUCCUCUUGAGCACAGUUUCGUUACUGAAGAGAGAUGGAAAGUUUGUAUCUUCGGAGCAGAUGACAGUGGACACAUUACUUCCUGAUGGCGCCGUACAGGGAUCAUAUUUGGUGAGUUUUGCAGAAAUCGGUAGCGUUUAUAUCCUAAAUGCAAUCGCCUGAUUUGGACCGAAGAACGAGUUUUGCACUACGCCUGACUGGAAGACACGUAACGGGAAGUUUUGAGUCCAGUUUCAGGUUUUUAAGGGAAGACGAUGCAGAUGUUCCGCUGAGGAUCCGCAGCGUUUUCAGGAGUCCAGAACCGGAGAACAAAGAGAAAUGGCUCAAGAUGUCCUACGAGACAGAGAAAACAUACCUGCUAGCUCCGCAGGAGUGCCGCACAUCAUGUGGUUUCCACACAGCUGAUGAGAAAUAUGAAAUCCCAGGAAUGGGAGAGGACAGUGUUUUAGAGAUGCUGAGCUACUCCAAAUUCUCUGAUCUGGAGACAUGGCUGUGUAUGCCCUCUACACUGCUACCCAGGAGCCGGGACUCAAUUUGUUCCAUGUUGCCACCAUCCCAUGAGAGUGACACCGGAGACACAGACAAAGAAUCCAGGCCCCUAGAGAAGGAGUCCAUCCAUCUGAGCCAGUGCCAGGAGAGGAGAACCCAUCUAUUGCCACCCUCCCCGCUCCUGCCAGUUUCAGCCUCCCCUCAGUCAACAGCACCCCUGUGGACCACCUCAACUCCUCUGCCCAAGCCCACCAGAGACUCCUGUCAAGGUGCCGUGAGUGUACGGAAAAGGCGCCGCCUGGCAGCCAGCCCUGGAGGACUGCACUGGGACGCAUCAGGGUCAGUGCUGCGUGACCAUGACCGAGGGGAGACGUCGUCACUGUCGGAAGUGAAGUGCUUCCCUCAGAGUGUAGAUUCAGAGAGCCCUGUCCCAGAGCUGUGGAAGGAAAGAGCGGCUCUUAGGAAAACCGUAUCUGUUGAUGAUAGCUUUCUGCAGCAGACACCACGAGAACAUCACAGACUCCUCAGCCGACUGGAAAGGGGCAAGAAGAAACUCCAAAACAUCCAUAGUCUGGGAGCCACUGGCAGAUACGAAACCCAUAAAAAAUCUGAGAGCAAGAUCUCACGAUUGACUCAGAGACUCAACCAGAGACAGAGCGAUGCUGCACUGAUUAAGGAUUUCAGACCUCUCUUCCUCGCCACUGGCUCACCAGGCAGCUCCCAGAGCCUGGACAGGAACUUCUCCGUUAGUAUGAUGCAACAGAUGCAGAACCUGCAGCUGACCCAGAGUAAAAAGGGGGCGGGGCCUGCCUCCCCCAGCGCUGCUAAGCGUCUCUACCGCAACCUCUCUGAAAAGUUCAAAGGAAGCCACUCCUCCUUUGAGGAUGCCUACUUUUUCGGCCGAUCCGAUCGUAUUCGCAAAGUGUCUAACAUUCAGAGCAGUGAGGCUCUUUUUGAGGCUGUUCAACAGCAGGACCUGGAUGCUGUGCAGAUCCUUCUUUUUCAGUACACAGCCGAUGAACUGGACCUCAACACACCCAACAGUGAAGGCCUGACGCCACUGGACAUCUCCAUUAUGACCAACAACGUCCCCAUAGCCAAGCUGCUGCUCAAAGCUGGGGGGAAAGAGAGUCCUCACUUUGUCAGUCUGGAGAGCAGAGAUGCCCAUCUCUCAGCACUGGUGCAGGAAGCCCAAAGGAGAGCCAGCGAGCUGUCUACCCAGGUGAUGAGAGAGAGUCUCAGCCUGGAAACAUCUGACAAGGAAAAACAGCUCAAAGCCUGGGAGUGGAGAUGCAAGCUCUACAAGCGCAUGCGCACCGGCUUCGAGCAUGCACGGCCACCAGAGGCUCCUUCGGCCGUGCGUCUGAGUGUGACUGGCAGCACAUCUCUCACUGUUACCUUUCAGGAACCUGCCAGUAUGAACUCAGCUGUGGUGACCAAAUACAAAGUGGAAUGGAGCUGUCUGAAGGACUUCUCUUUAUUAGCUGGAGAAAUGGCCCUUGAGAAUCUGCAGUCCCUCAAGUGCACAAUAACAGGUCUCACCACGGGAAGACAGUACUAUGUUCAAGUGUCCGCCUACAAUAUGAAAGGCUGGGGUCCACCACAACUUUCUCAACCCCCUUCUGCUGUUCCCUCCAACUGGAAGGACAGUGAUGGGAGAGAGAGCAGAAGGAGAGGUCACAUCGAGGCCAUGGAGAGGCUCCUACAGCAGGUUCGAGCCACACAUCAGCACUACUGCUGCGGAGACACAUCAAAGCUACAGAAUCCCAGUCGAAAACAGUCAGUGUCCCGCAGCCUAAAACAUCUUUUUCACUCCUCUACUAAAUUUGUCAAGAGUCUCAGGAGGGGAGUUUAUAUAGCGUCAGUAUUUUACCAUAAGGACAGUCUGCUAGUGACUAAUGAGGAUCAGAUACCCAUCGUGAAGGUGGACGACUCAUACAGCAGCUCCCUCAUGCAGGACUUUCUGUGGUUUACAAAGCUGUCUUGUAUGUGGGAGGACGUCCGGUGGCUCAGACAAAGCCUGGCAGUCUCCACCUCAUCCUCUUCCACACUGCAGUCCAGACAGAAGAUGCUGGCAGCUGCUGGCCACCUGCAGAACCUCCUGGGCACUCACAACUUGGGCCGAGUCCACUAUGAGCCCAUUAAGGAUCGCCAUGGCAACGUGUUGCUUGUUACGGUGAGGGAGAUGGACAGCCUCUAUUCUUUUUUCAAUGGGAAGUGGAUGCAGGUAUCCAAACUGCAGAGCCAGAGGAAGUCUCUUUCCACCCCUGAGGAACCCUAUGCCCUGGACAUUCUUCUAAUCACCAUACAGGACAUUCUGGCUUACCAGAGACGCAGUCAGCACCGAUUGUCUUCUGGGCUUUAUCUGGGUUACCUGAAGCUCAGCAGCUCUGUGGAUCAGAUCAAGGUUCUGGUUCCUCAACGGAUGCCUAACAUGCUCUGCCACACCAAGAUACGAGAUAACUGGAAUGUGUCAAGGGAUGAGUGGGAAUGGCUGCAGUCACUGUCUGGCCCUGUGGAGGUGGAAAGAGCAGAUCAGGAUGAAGACUGCCUCCUUUACUCAGAGAUUCAGACGGCCAUUAAGAGUCUGCUGCACCAGAUCAAUCUGCCUCUCCACCAGGCCACGCACUUCCGUCUCUACACACACGAGGUGCUGGAGCUGGGUCACAAUGUGUCCUUUCUUCUGCUGCUGCCUGCCUCAGACAACGUUUGCUCUGCCCCGGGACAGACCAACCCCUACACACCACACUCGGGGUUCCUCAACCUCCCUCUUCAAAUGUUUGAGCUCGUUCACUUCUGUUCAUAUAAGGAAAAAUUUAUCAGUCUGUACUGCCGGCUGUCUUCAGUGCUGGACCUGGACUCCCUGAUUACCCAGCAGGCUUUUAGAGAAUCUAUCACUGACUCUGAGGUGUCCACGGCCAAACAGAGACAACAGCACAUAUUGGACUACAUCCAGCAAUUGGACGAGAUGUGGCGAGACGUCCGCUGGAUCACCAAUGCACUGCAGUACGCCCGCUAUAAACAACCUCUCGGUUGGGUGCCUAUCACCUGGCUUGUAGAUGUCAGCAUGGAGCCUCCUGUCCAGAAGAAUGACUCCACAUCCUCUAACACAGACUAUGUGCCCACUCCCUCUCCCUCUCCAGAAUUAAGAAGAAGAAAGUGCACAAUUGAGUCCCAGCCAGGUUCUGAUGAAGAGGGCUGUUCGGAAGUCUUCCUCCCCACAGACAGUGACUAUGACUCCAGUGACGCUCUGAGCCCUCGUGACCUGGACUUGGUUUACUCCUCAGCCCAGGAUCUCUCCCAUCAGACCGCACACGUCUUCAGCGGUAGCGCCCCAGAUGUUCUCCAGAUGCAAGACCUUAAGUACAGGGCUUUCUCCAAGUCAAUCCUGGAGACCGAAUCAUGCACCAAGGAUAUGGAGGACCUGUCAUUGUCCUCAUAUUCUGUGAAGGCCACAGAGAAAGCUAGUCGCUCUAAGUUCCUGGCCGAUCCACCAACAAAGCGCAAGCUGAUCUCCAAAAGCCAUCCCCAGAGGAGUUAUUUCGGUGGGCAGCAUCGCUGGUUGCAUGUACAGAGUGAGAGCCACUCGCCCUCGCUGUCUGAGGGCAUCUACACCAGACAGAGUGAUAUUGACCUCCCAUUGGAGACUCCACUCUCCCUACCACAUUCUCCCACUACCUCCUACAGUUUGGAUGAGUACAGGCCAUCCUACAGGGAGAGUAAGCCCAACGUCCACAGGAUCUUUGUGGAGUCUUGCAGCAAGACUUCACCCAGCCGAGAUGUUCCACACUGGAAGGAGGAGGAGGAGAAAGGGAUGAGAGGAGCUGCCGCUGCAGAGGCCAGGUCGGGCUACGGCACCACAGCAGAAACUCAGGAUGUAGACUCGGAUGAACUAACAAAUGAACAAAUCUCAGAGGUCCUUAGCAGCACUCUUUAGAAUGAUCUGAGUGUUCCAUCAUGAAGAUGUGUGGUUUUGUUACCACCUAAAUUGCCUCAAACUAUACCCCUCCUCUCCAUCUGCACACAUCAUACUGUAACAACUCACUGUUGUAAUAAUAACUUAGACUAAUCAAUUCUUGCAUCCUCUCUGCAGACAGUGGAAGAGGACAAAGUUGCUGGUCAACUCUGUGGGACUCAUAAACCAUGGCUCUGACUGUUAAAAUGUCGAUUAUCAAUGCAACGUGAAACAAAGCACUGCUUUUCCUCAGAACUUGAAAUUGCCUCAGCCAAUAGAGCGCAACAGUGACAGCCAACCUUUUCAAUGGCCUUGGUUACAAAACCAUUUUCCCUUUCAUUUUCUCCAAUGGCAUUUAAAAAAAAAAUAAUAAUAAAUCAGUACAGAGUUCUAAGGGGACAUUCACACCGAAUACAUAUUUUUAUCCAUCUAUGCUAUUUUUUAAUUAUUUUCUAUGUAAACAUGCACUAGACGGAUGCCUUUGACCAUUGCGCUGUGUCUUGCUGUUUUUCCACCGCAAGACAUUGUGUCAAUUUAAAAGAACUUCUAGGUUUAGGUCACGUCCACACUAAUACGUUUAAGUUUAAAAACUUUAGUUUUCCAUUUCCUAGUGGCAUCGUUUUCCAAAGUAUGUGGUUAUGGAGAUAAGAGUCUUUUGGUCGAGGAAAACGACAUUCUUAUGUGGAUGAGAGGCGUAAAUGUAGCAAAAUCAAUGCAUUUUCAAACAAAAUUGUAUUAGUGUGGACGUGGCCACAUUAAAAAUGUCCCGAGACACCUGCAUUCUGUUCCAUUUGAUGCACUUUAUCGAACUGUUUUUAACAUAAAAAUAUGUAUGGUCUGAACUGGCCCCUAAGCCAUGAACCAAACUUCUGUAACUGGUAGGGGUGUAAUGGUACACAGAAGUGACGGUUCGGUACGUACCUCAGUUUUGGGGUCACGAUUCGAUACGAGUUCGGUACAACAGGAAAAAGCAACAAAUCCCAAAUGCUAGGUUUCUUUUCAUUUAUUUUGAACAGACAGUAGUGCAAAUUACAGUUUGUUCCACCUAGCAGCAUUUAGUCCCCCCUGAGGUAGUUGGUACAGUACAGCCUCCUUUAGUGUAUUAAGCACUAAGCAGUAAACAGAAUGCACUCUUUCAUAGGCCAUAAUUUUGUAGGGUUGAUAAAAAACAAAAGGUAUUUGGUCACAAUCAGCUACAAAACUGAAAAGCAUCUCUUGUGUUAUAAAAGAACAACAUAAAUAGAAUAAUGAAAAAUAAAACUUGUGCAUUAGGAGAAGCCAUUCUUGUUUUGGGUUGGUGCAUAGAUUGUCUCUUCUUCUUCUGCUCUUUUUCCUGUUGUGGCGGUUAGCAAACAGUGUUGCAUUACUGCGCGCGCCCCCUUCUGGAUUGGAGUGUGGAUCGCCUGUGUCAGAUGUAUUCUUCGUCUGACUACAUGCACCGAACCUUGACGUCAGUACCGUGACGGUUCAGGACGAAUACAUGUACCGUUACACCCCUAGUAACUAGCUCCAAGAUGAAUCACAUUUGAUUUGAAGCAAAAAAUUAUUUGAAUGAACUUCUCAUCCCACAAAGCAUUGUAACUGAAUCAUAAUCAUCAAGUAUAAAAUGUAAUUUAUAAAAAAAGAAAUUAUUGCAGUAUAUUCAAAUAAAUAAUACUGUGCAAAAGUUUUAGGCAUUUGUGACAAAAUGUUGAAUAGUGAGGCUAUUAUUCAUGCCAUGAAUAAUUUUUAUUUAUCAGUUAACUUUAUGCAAAGUGCAGUAAGCAUAAAAAAACCGAAAUCAAUAUUUGAUGUGACCACCCUAUGCCUGUUAAACAGCACCAAUUUUUCCUACACAUUUUUUUUUUCUUCUUUUUUUACAAAAUUGUUGGCAGAUGUGUAACUCCAAGCAUCUUGGGGAACUUGCCACAGUUCUUUGUAUUCAGGCUGUCUCAAUUGCUUCUGUCUCUACAUGUAACCCCAGACUGACUCAAUGAUGUUGAGAUCUGGGCUUUGUAGGGGCCAUGCCAUCUGCUGUAGGGCUCCUUGUUCUACUUCUAUUCUAAUCUGUUUUCAAAAGGAAUGUUUGGAAAUCUAAAAUUGAUAUUUCCUAUUGACACACUAAUGCAGAAGAUAUAAAAUAACCAUAUAUAUAUAUAAUUUUUUUUUUUUUUUGUGAAAUGUCUAAUAUACCUAAGACUUUGGCACAGUACUGUAUAUAUAAUGCUUGAUUUACUGUAUAUAUAAUGCUUGAUUUACUGUAUAAUACAAUGCUUAAUGGAAGUGGGUGGUCACUGUCACUCCUGAACUCUGCACCGUUGCUAAAGCACUCUUCAGGAUUGAAGAUAGUGAAUUAUCCUUUUUUAUAUGAAGUUGCAAUCACACUGAUUGGGGCUUCUACAGAAGCAUAUAUCAUCAGCAUAUAUCAUUAAUAACAACAUCGGAGCUCCUGAUAGGCCUGCCUUUAAAAGUUUACAUAUAUUCGCUAAACCUAAUUUCUCCAUGGAGAUUAUGAACAGGAUUCUUUACUUCAAAACCCUACUGUUGUUCUCUAUUCUGAUGUUGUAGGUGAAGAGUGGAGUUAAGUGAAUUAGCAGCCACUCGUAGUUCAGUUUGAAGUAUGUGGUAUUUAUUUACUUGCAAUGACAGAUCGAUUUACUAGCUAAUUUCACUGCCCAUUUAGAAUUGUUUGCUGUACUAUUGAAGUAUGAACAGGCUUAAUCCCCUUCAGACUUUAUCUGUUUCUAAUAGAUUGUUUUUCAGUGUAUGCAUGGAAGAAUGUCUCAUUACUGUCUACUUUGUUACAAAACAAAAGAGCCUCAAUUAAAAAGGUGGUAUCUAGUUCCAGCGGAAGAGUCUGUGACUUUUGUUCCACAACUCUACAGCAAUCACAAUUUGUUUCAUUGAAGAAAACAAAUUGUGCAUUGUUUACCUUUUGAUAGUGAUUUGUGGUGUUUGGUUGUUCACAUUUGAAUAUUCAUUGCAAUUAAUUUGUUUUUGUUUGUAUUUAUGAUGGAUAACCAACUCUUCUAAAAUUAAAUGAAAACCACUUAUGUUUUACAGGCUGGGGAGAAGAGAAAACUGCACUUUUAAUAUGGAAUUGCAUCCCACACUUUUUACUGUAAUAAUAGUAGUUUGAUAGCUGGAUUGUUUGUAAUGGACCACUUUUGGCCUUUUUGCAGAGGAAGGUGCAACCUUAUUUGCCUGUACUGCAAAUUUGUGCCACUUUAUGUAAAACACAUUCACGAGUGUUUGUUUGAUUUGGAAGUGGAUUGUUCAUUUUGCAAAAGCCAUAGAUAUUUGAAAAGAAAGGCAAGGUUUGGGACAUAACCAAACAGUAGUAGAUUUAUUCAAAAAUCCAUACCAUCUUCAUUUUGCAAUUUCUAUUACCCAACAGAGUAAGUGUGAAUAUAAUAUAAAUAUAUUCACAGUAAUCCAGAUGUAUGCCCUAAGAAUUUAUGAAGUGAAACAUUUAUUUUCCCAAAUGAAAAGGGCAGCUUACGCAAGCAACAUUGUGAAUGUGUUUGUUGCAAUGUUCCAACAAUUGGUUGCUGUUUGCAUUUUCUUUUUUUCUUUCUUUUUUUUUGCACAAAAAUGUUCAUUGAUUUCCAAAAAUAUGCCGCAACUGGACAUCUUAUUGAUUAAUGUACAGUGAUGUCAGUUGGUGCUGAUGGUCCAGUGGGCAAAAUGCACUUCUCUGACACACUGGUGCGUGUGUUUGAGCCCAGUUCUUAAAGUAUGCAUUCAAAACUACCCCACAGGGAUGAGGCAUUAUCCAAGAGUCCACUUAACGGAUUCCAGUUUAAUUAUUGAACUGUCUGAACCAGUUAGGAUAUUAUUGUUAAAUUAUGAAUAUAUUUGUCUUGAUACCUUUAUACUGUGCACAUUGCAAGCCAAAACAAUUAAAAAGCAUCAUAUCUGUAUAUUUUUGCAUUAUGCAUUUAUUGAUCCAAAUAAUAUAUUUCAGUAUUGUAUUUUUGAUGGUUGGUCCCAUGUCAGAUAAGUUAUGUUGUAACUUGUUUGCUAUUUGUGAUGCAACUUGAAUAUGACAAUGUGGCGGAUGUGUUUUAAGUCAUAAAAAAAUAAACAUUCCAGUGUAAAUACAUUAUGAAAUUCUACUCGUGUUUCUCAAGUCUUUGGCCAAUUUUACGUCGUUUUUAAGAAAAGGCUGAAUUUCACACU